AUGACCGAGAGGACCAACAAAGGAAAACACAAGCGAAGUUUGUCGCUGUCCAAGAACAAGAAGAAAGGUGGUGUUAAAGGUGGACUUUGUGCCAAAGCUGCCACCACAACCCCAAUCAGCAGCUUCUUCAGCAGUCAGCCCUCCAGGGUGGCCUGUCCUCUCUGUGGCCAGCUGGUGCCAAAGAACACCAUCAACCAGCACAUUGACCUGCAGUGUCACAACUUUGAGAGAGACCACAGUGCAGCCUCGGUGAGUCAUAAUGUGCCAAACAUCCCGCUGUCACCCACAAAGACUCCACCAAAGUCCACAGAGCCAGAAAAGGACGACAUGAAGACCAGCCCUUAUUUUAAGAAGAGCAACUUUCACCAGCUGCCACAGGAGAUGAGCAGUAAGUCUGUCAUCAGAACACUCGACCUGGGAAGUCUUUCAUCCAAGCUGUCCAAGAGGUGUAACCUUCCGGAGAGGACAGAGAACAAGCACGAUGAAAAAGAGACACAAAUUUCUGAGACACUGAAUAGCUCACAGAAAGAAAACUUUCUGAUGGAGAUGGAGAGUUCGGGAGACAACGAUGUGACAGAAACUGGGUCUGAGGAAUUAAAAUCAAUGUCACAUUUAGAAAAGGCACACGUUCUUGAUCCAAAAGCAUCCAAAUCGGAGACCUUCCACAACCUGGUGUCCUCUUCCUCCUCGCCAGUGAAGAGAAAAAAGAAAGCACAGUCCACAAGCAGGGUUUAUGGUUUUCUAAAGAGAGCAAGAAAUGAUGUAAGCAACAAAGAGACGCAAGACUCUGAUCUGUUUACAGGCAGCGCAGCUGAGAUGACUGACACGGACCAGUGUAGAGGUCAGGUAUCUUCUCUUUGUGAUCCCCCUUUUGGUGGUACUUCAGAUGAGGCGUCAGGGAUCAACACUGGGACUAGUGCAGAGAAAACCACCACUGAUCAGCAGGUAGAGAUGUCUCAUCCCCCGUGGCUCCCCUACUAUCUCCGCAACUUCUGCACUGUAGUAGAGGCUGUGCUAGAGAAUGAGGAUGACAGGACAUUGUUCAAUGAGGACGACUUGUCACUCGUGCACACGUUUGAGAAACUUUCAGUCAUGGGACAGAAGCUGUAUGUGCGCCUGUUUCAGAGGAAACUUAACUGGCUUCAAGUAAAUAAACUGGAUUAUGAAGAAAUAAGCUCUGAUCUGGAACCUGUUGCUCAGGAGCUGGUGGAGUGUGGUUUUCUACAGACAGAGAGUGAUCUUCAGGAUGUAGCAGAAGCUCUGGAACUCCUGCCAGCUCCUGAACUCAAAGUUCUGGCUAAGACCUUCCAUCUCAGCAGUUCUACUACUCAAAAACAGCAGAUAGUGGAUGGACUUCUUCGCCUCAGCAAGCAGAAGUCCCUCUUCUCUCUGACCCCUGGUCAGAACAGCAUUAGUGGUGUCAUCCUUAAAAAAGCGCAGCAGCUUGCAGGAUCCUGUGUGCGUUUGUGUCGGGGUCCUCGGGCUGUUUUCUCCCGUAUCCUUCUGCUAUUUUCUCUGACGGACUCUGUGGAUGAGGAGGAGAUGGCAUCUGGUGGACAGGGCCAGCUCUUCACAAUCCUACUGGUUAAAUCAGGACGUCUAGCCUUCCCAGACUACCAAGUGCAGCGCACAGUCAAGAUUUUUCAAGACAGGGCGGACUUGAUCAGAUAUGAGGCAGCUAUGCGAGCUCUACAAGAGUUGACUUUAGCUAUGCAAGCAGGUCAGUGGGAAGAAGCCCUGGAGCUUUACACAGCUGCUAAAAGUGCCUGGGAAGAGCUGAGGAGGAACCAUAAUCUUAGAUACCAGAAUGAAUUACCUGUUUUCCUACGUGGUUUCACCACUGGCUGGGUGUACACCCGUGUCCUCUCCAGAGGGGUGGAGAUCUUGCAGAGAUUACGUCGCUAUGAGGAAGCUGUACAAGAACUGCAGUCUCUGCUGUUGCAGUCCGUUUACUGUCCUGAUAGCCGGGGGCGAUGGUGGGACAGACUGGCACUAAACCUACACCAGCACCUCAAAAGACCAGAACAAGCUUUACGUGCUAUCAGAGAUGGGCUGUCAGACCCUCUGGUGCGAACGGGACAUAAGCUGUCUCUUCAUCAGAGAGCUGUUCGGAUGAUGGACUCUGCCAGCUGUAAGAAGUACCGCCUACAACUCAAGAGUCUGCCCACUAUCCACAUCCAAGAUGUCAAACACGUGACCAUUCGAGGACAGCUGUUUCCACAUGAGGGGGGCAUGGGAAAAUCUCUGUUUCUUAUCCCAGCCAGUGGAGUGGGAGGAGCAAGUCCUGACACCACUGUCAUAUGCUCUGUAGAAGAGCUGUCUCUAGAACAUUACCGCAAACAGGGCUUUGACCAAGGGAUCCAUGGAGAGGGCUCGACAUUCUCUGCAUUGUUCGCUCUUCUACUGUGGGACAUCAUUUUCAUGGAGGGAAUCCCUGAUGUUUUCCGAAACUUGUACCAGACAUGUCCACUGGAUCUUUGCACGGAUUGUUUCUAUGAGAACAGAAAAGAGGCAAUAGAUUCUCGUGUAGCUUUAAUAAGUGAUGCUUCUGUGGAGACACUGCAUGACAUGUUGGAGAAUGUCUGGACCUCCCAGGAGGGCAAAGUAUGUUCACUGGUCAACUGGGAGCGCUUCUCAUCUCUUCAGCAAGCUCAGUCUCUUGUGUCAUGCUUUGGUGGAGCCUUCUUAGGAGGGGUAAUAGCACGGAUGGCCAAAGACUACAGACACUGCCGUGGAGGUUUGCCUGACCUAGUCGUGUGGAACACCUCAAGUAAUAGUUUCAAGCUUGUGGAGGUGAAGGGGCCCAACGACCGUCUGUCUCAGAAGCAACAAAUCUGGUUGGAUGAGCUGCAGAAACUGGGGGCUGAUGUGGAGGUGUGUCAUGUCGCUGCCACUGGAGCCAGAGGUGCUCGUUUGGACUGAACAAACACAGAACUCACAAUACCACUUGUAAUGAAUCAUAGUGGUAAUCAAAACACUGAAAGGUAAAACAAUUUUUGGUCUUUAGACCAACAUUAUGCAUAUGCAAUCCACUUGCAGUGCAUCUUGCAAAUAAAUUGCCUCAAAAUUAAGACUAUGUCAGGAAUGGCUGUCAUACAGUCUUGAUGUAUUAAUGCAUGUUUGCAUGAUUUCCCACAGAAUGUUUUGUCAUAAACUGAACUGGCAUGGUUAUAGCAAGUAACUGCACUUACCCACUACUCAGAUCUCAGUAUUCACUCAAGCUUGAGAGAUCUUGGUUUUAAAUAGUUCAGAGAUCUCAAGUUUCUAAUUGCUCCCUUUAAAGAGUUUCCUGGAAAUGCCUGGUUUGAAUGAGUCCUCACUGUAUUUGAGUAAUCACUGGGCAUUUGGUGCUUAAAUUAUUUAGGGAAUUAAAGUAUUCAUUUCAUUCAGCUGAAUAUUUUUGUAAAAGAGAUUUGAAAUUUCUGUUUUGACUUUUGAUCCUAGUGAAAUUACUUCUCCCUGUAUUUCAGUAACAGGACAGCUGCUCAGUCUAUUAAUUUACAUAUGUAUGAGACUAUUUUAGAAAAAUGUAAAGAAUCACAGUUAAGUAAAUAUAUUUCAGCUUAAUGUAAUGCAGAAGGCAAAGGGUUUUGUGUGUCAGGAAUCAUUCUGACACCAAAAUGAAGACAACAAAAACAAGUUAAACAUGAAAACGCACUUAUAAAGUGCGACACCCUCACUGUACGCGUUAGACACAGAGUUUUUGUGAUUCUGUUACACUGUAACAUGGUUUUACGGCCUUAACAUUUAGUCACUUCUGUCCAAAAGGCUUUAUCAUUGACUAACACACAGCGCUUAUACCAUGUUUAAUACAUGUUGGUGCACAGCUGUUAUUUAAACAGUUAUGACCCCAUGUUUGACCUUUACUUUUCACCCAAGGUCAAAGAUUAUCCAACCAAUUGAAAUGUGAUAUGACAUCAUAUUAGUGUUUAAUAAUAACAUACAUCUUUCUUUAACCAAUGCCUUGAAAUAAGAAUUCUAAAUAUCCUUAUGUAUCACCAUCAGGUGGUAUGACCUUGUCCUGUGACCUUGACUUUUAACUUUUUUUUUUUUUCUCCAAAUCAAUUCACUUUGGCCUUGGCUGACCCUCAGUCAUUACACCAAGUUAGGUUCAGUUUUUUUUUUUUUUUAAUCAAAUCUGUUUCAGUUAUUUUGUUCACACUUGGACA